AAGGGUUUCAUAUUUAUGGACCUAAAGAAAUCGAAUUAGGCCCAUUAAGGGCCCGUUUAAAAUUUUCAUCGCUGAAGGACCUGUAAAGACCGGCUUUCUCUUUGUUCGUUUUGCCAACAGGAGAAAGCAAAGCAGUCCUCUGAUCGACGUUCAAUAGCUUCGCAAAGUAUCAGUGCAAAAUCAAAUAGCUAGAAGAGGAGGAAAUGGCUGGCCAAGAGGUUAAGCAGCUUGAGGAUUGCACAGUUUCCAAUGCAUUGGGCACAUGGGUAUUUUCAGUAGCAGGGGCUUUGCUAGCAAUUCCAGUGGGGAUAAAGCGGAAAUCUUUAGCACCCCUUGUGUUCUUUGGCACAACUGGUACAAUGCUUGAUAUCAUUAUGGGAAUCAGUGCUUGUGAAAGAGAACAUGCAGAACGCCAGAUGAAGCUUUUAGAAGCCCAAAAUUCUGCUGCUAAUGAUUCUUCUUUCUCAGAGACUGGAUCUGAAUCACAAUCCUAAUCUCAGAAGGUGUACAUUCACAUCUUUGAAUGAGCUUUUGAUUUGUCUUUCAAACUUGCCUGGGCUGUAACAGAGACCCAGUGAAUCGCUGUUUCUGCGGUGGCUAUUUUUCUCCAUGUCUUGAUUCUAUGUUUCCCUUCUCUAUGAUCUUUUUUGGUCAUGGUCUUUACUCUUUAUCUGUGAACUAUUUCCGCUGAAUAAGAAAAUCGCAGUUUGUCUUAAA